AUGAAAAAAUACAGUAAUAACUGGUCCUAUGAGGGCAAACGUUAUGGAAGAUCUGGCUGUUCCUCUCAGGAUCCACAAACAAGCUACAGAUACCAAAGGAGCCAUUCUCGUGGGGAGGUAGUGACACCUCCACUGCUGGAGCACAAGGAGCAUGCGGUUUCAAGCUCCCCAAUGGCCAUGGCUGUGGAUUUUAAAACUUAUGUGGAUCAGGCAUGCAGAGCUGCUGAGGAAUUUGUCAAUAUUUACUAUGAGACAAUGGACAAAAGAAGACAUGCAAUUGUCAGGCUGUAUUUGGACAAGGCCACUCUAAUCUGGAACGGAAAUGUUGUUACAGGGCUGGAAGCCCUUACUAAUUUUUUUGAGAUGUUGCCUUCCAGUGAGUUCCAGAUCAAUAUGUUGGACUGCCAACCAGUUCAUGAGCAAGCUACCCAGUCCCAGACUACAGUGCUCGUUGUGACCAGUGGCGCUGUGAAGUUUGAUGGAAACAAGCAGCACUUCUUCAACCAGAACUUCCUGCUGACUGCACACAGCACCUCUCACAGCACUGUGUGGAAGAUCGCAAGUGACUGCUUCCGCUUUCAAGACUGGGCCAGCACCUAA